GCCGUCCAACUCACAAGACUCGCCCCCCAACCGCCCAUCGACCCGCUUCAUCCCGCUUCCAUCUAAAGCCUUCUUCACUCACUACACAGUGUCCCCACGAGCCGCCAUGUCACCACCACCGCACGCCAACUCCGCCGAACCAUCUUUCGAUGCCCUGCACAUCACCACACCCCUCUGGACCUCCUCCGUCGCAGCCCGGCGGCUAGGCGUGGGCAACGUGUACUUCAAGAUGGACGCGUUGCAGCCGGGGGGAAGUUUUAAGAUUCGUGGGAUGGGACGGACCGUCUCCCGCGCGGUGGAGCGGAGGCCCGGAUUGACGACUGUUGUUUCUUCUUCUGGAGGAAACGCAGGACUGGCAGUGACACUCGCCGGCCGUGCUUUCGAUCUCGCGGUCCAAGUCUUCGUCCCCAGCACAACCCCAGCCUUCAUGAUUACCCGCAUCCAAGACGCCGGCGCCACCGUCACCGUCAAAGGCUCAGUCUGGGACGAAGCGCACGCCGCCGCCGUCGACUACGCCGCCACCCUCGGCGAAGCCAAAGCGUUACUCGUCCACCCGUUCGAAGGCGAGGACACCCACGAGGGACAUAGCACCCUCAUCACAGAGAUAAAAGACCAGUUACCACCCUCCGUCGUCCCCUCCGCGGUGAUCUGCGUCGUCGGCGGCGGCGGCCUCCUCUGCGGCGUGCUACAGGGGAUCCUCACAGCCUGGCCCACCGCCCCGCGGCCCGUGGUCGUAGCCGUCGAAACACACGGCGCGCACGCCUACGCCGAAGCACUGCGCGCAGGCACGCCCGUCCCGCUCCCGGGAGGUAUCACCUCCAUCGCCAAAUCCCUCGGCGCGCUGCAGGUCUCCUCCAGAACACUGACCCUGCGCGACCAGUACGGUCCGGCGCACGUCCGCUCGCAGGUCGUCACCGACACGCAGGCCGUGCAGGGACUCCUGGCCCUCGCGACCGAGUUCCGCGUGCUGGUGGAGCCGUCAUGUGGCGCGGGCGUGGCGCUUGUGUAUGAAGACAAUCUGUUGAAGACGGUGGUGCCGGAGUUGGGGAGCGAGAGCAAUGUGGUGGUGAUUGUGUGUGGCGGGUCGCUUGUGACGAUGGAGUCGGUGGAUAUUUGGAAGAAGAUGUUUGGACUUUAGGAUGGGGGUGAUAUGGGGUAUCAUUUAGAUAGGGCACGG